AUAUUGUUGUGGAUCGCCAGCGCUCUCACACCCCAGGAGAUUCGUGACCGAAUAUUAGAGGUAGGCUCAACCUUUCAGCAGGAGCUUGUGCAGUAUCUGGAGUCUGUGCAUAUGGGCGAGUUUUUUGAUGGUAAAAGCAUGCGUGAUAUCGCGUUAGAGGUGGCCGAGAGAGAAUCCGUAUCGAAGGCCGCAGGAUCCAGAUACGUCCCCCCUACCGAGACUUUGGCCACGCCUCCUCCAAAGCGAUGUACGUUACAUCGGGAACAGGACUGCUCUAUUAUUUGCUUUGUAUGUGAGAAAACGUCCGUGUGGUGGGCGUCGUUUAGAUCAACAGUCAACGAGUUGCUGUGGAGGACUAACCGUCACGAAUGUGGUAGUCACUGUCUCUCUAACAAGCAUGGCACAUGCAAGGCCCGGUACCCUCGAGAAGUACGUGCUGAGACGACAGUGGACCCUGAUACAGGUUACCUGAAUUUAAAGAAGGGUGAGGCGUGGAUGAAUACAUUUUCUUCUGUGCUUACCUAUAUCUUGAGGUCGAACACCGACGUUACCAGUCUUUUGUCUGGGACAGCUAUCAAAGCUGUAAUCGCAUAUGUCACUGACUACGUCACCAAGCCUCAGCUUCAGAUGCAUGUAUUGUUUGAAACAGUACGCGCCGUGUUG